AAGAUGGCGCUGCUCCUGGACUCUUGGAUCGCCGAGUUGGUGGUCGUCUUGUCGGCGGCCGUGCUCUCCCUCUACCUGUGGUUCUCCAGUAGCUACAGAUACUGGAAGAACAAGGGGGUGCCGUACGCGGAACCUACAGUUCCGUUUGGAAACUUCCGGGGAAGCAUCCUAGGCCAAGAAUCUCUCGGCGAGACAUUGCAGAAAAUGUACAAUCAGCUGCCAAGAGAGAGGUAUGUCGGGUUUUACGGAUUCCGUCGACCACUGCUGCUUAUCCGUGACCCUGAACUCAUUCGUCACGUCCUUGUUAAGGAUUUCGGGACGUUCCACGACAGGGGACUGUUCAUCGACGACGAAGAACCUCUCAACCAACAUCUCUUUGCGUUGGGAGGAAAGAAGUGGCGCCAGCUGAGAAUCAAGUUGAGCCCUACGUUCACAUCUGGAAAACUAAAGGUGAUGUUCAAGACUAUCCAGGACAACGGGCGCGAGAUGGCAGACGUGGUGGGGGAAAUGGUGGACCGCGGGCAGUCGGUGGAGGUGCGCGAGCUGAUUGCGCGGUUCACCACUGACGUCAUCUCCUCCGUCGCCUUCGGCCAGGAGUGCAACUGCCAGCGGAACCCGGAUCACGAGUUCCGCCAAUGGGGGCGCAAGGUCUUCGAGCCCUCUUUGCGUGCAGGCAUCGUGUCCAUUCUGAACUUCAUCAGUCCAACGGUGAUGAACUAUGCACGGGUAAAAGGAGGAUUUACGGCUGUCAGCAAAUAUUUCCGAAAAAUGGUUGCAGACACCGUUGCUUACAGAGAGAAGAAUAACUACAGAAGGAAAGACUUCAUGGAUCUCCUUAUUCAGCUAAAAAACAAAGGAUAUGUCGACCCCGACAAAGGAGAGACAGUGGAGAACGGGCAUCAGAAAGGCAUCGGCACUCCUGAGAAACUGUCGAUGGAUGACUUGGCAGCGCAGGCCUUCGUCUUCUUCGUUGCAGGCUUCGAGACGUCCUCAACGGCGACGAGCUUCACUUUGCAUGAACUGGCGCUCAACCCUGACGUGCAGAGCAAGCUGCAAGACGAAAUCGACUCCGUGCUGAAAGAAAACGACAGCGAAAUAUCCUACGACGCCAUCGGCAAAAUGACUUACCUCGACAAGGUUGUAGCCGAGUCUCUCAGGAAAUAUCCACCCGUACCAUUGCUGAACAGAGAGUGCAACCAAGACUACAAGAUUCCAGACAGUGACGUCAUUCUGGAGAAAGGAACACCUGUAGCUCUGUCUGUGCUGGGCCUCCAUUAUGACCCCGCAUAUUUUCCAGACCCCGACCGAUUCGACCCUGAGAGGUUCUCCGAAGAGGCCAAAGCUAAGCGACACCCCUAUGUCUACCUGCCUUUCGGGGAGGGACCACGCAUUUGCAUAGGUAUGAGGAUGGGUCUUUUGCAAACCAAAGUGGGUCUCGUGAACAUCCUGUCAAAGUACAGCGUGCGACCCACAGAGAAGACAGUAACUAACCUGGAUUACCAUCCUAGGUCCUUUAUCCUUAUGACUAAGAGUGGAAUCCAUCUUAAGUUUGUAAAGCGUUCCUAGGAGGACAGCACUGAAGAACAAUCGUCACGUCCAACAUCAUGAGUUUUCGUGUCUGAAGUUGUAAUUAGUGGUUUUGCGUUUUGUACGUUAUCAAGCAUUAUGACUCGCAGAAAAUGCUUACAUAGUGGCUUUACUAUUUGAACGACAACUGUACAUCCUUGUGUGACCCUGAAAUCUUCAUUAUUGUACCUGUACCAGCAUGUAUUAUGUUUAUGUACGUAAUGUAAAUAAAUAAACAAGUCUACCAGGUGCAGAUAUCA